AUGGUCCCAUUGGAAUUGAACAAAAAAAAAAAGUAUCCAAAACAUAUUAUUUUCUUGAUUUUUAGCUUCUUCCUAUGUUACUUUCAAGCAGUAACUUCCGAUCCCGACACCCUCCAAGAUUAUUGCGUGCCCGACACAAAAAACGGCACCUUAAAAACGUCGAGGAUCGACACCUUGCCAUGCAAGAAACCCAAGGAAGUAACCCCGGACGAUUUCGUGUUCUCCGGCGCGGCGAAGUGCUCGGAGAAUUUCUCCGACACGGGGCUGGCGGCGGUGUAUGGGAGCCCGCCGGUGUUCCCGGGGCUGAACACGCUGGGGAUGUCGUUCGUGCGCGCGGAUUUAAAAGGCGGCGGCAUAAACCCGCCGCACUAUCACGCGCGGGCGACAGAAAUAGCGUACGUGGUACGAGGGAGAGUGUAUGCCGGGUUCGUGGACGGCGCGAAUCGCGUGUUUGCUAAGGUGAUUGGGGAAGGGGAGGUUAUGGUGUUCCCGAGAGGGCUGGUGCAUUUCCAGAUGAACGUGGGGGAGACGCGCGCCACGGUGUUUGGGUGUUUUAAUAGUCAGAAUCCCGGGGUUCAGAAGAUUCCUGCGACGAUGUUUGGUUCUGGGGUUAACGAUGAGCUUCUGGAGAAGGCGUUUGGGUUGAGCAUUAAGGAGAUUUCCAGGAUUAGGAAGAGGUUUUUGCCUAAGAAGCAUGGUUAAUAUAAGUAGAUGGCUAAGCUCUAGAUUUCUUGAAUUGUAUUGGUUCUAUUUUUCUGCAACUUAAUUUCUACUUAUGUAUCAUUGUGCUCCUUGCCAAGGACCUUCCUUGAAUUGGUUUAGAGAAUAAUUUAUGAAAGCAUGCAUUUUUAAA